GCACAUCGCAGCACCAUUGCGCAUGUUCAAACAGCACAAGGAAGGACCAUCAUUUUGAAAAUUUCUGUGAGAUUUUUCCGUAAUUUUGCCUGCUAAGUAGUGAAUUGUAGAGAGAUGGCGACAGAUUCGGCGACGCCAAAGAAGCAGCGGAAGGUGGAUGGGUCGGAGAGCGCCGGAGAAGGCGACGAAAGCCGCGACUACGACACUGAAACGCAGAAAGCCCUGGAAGAGAUCGACGCUUGCCAAAAUGAGAUAGACGCGCUCAACGAAAAAGCGAGCGAAGAGAUCCUCAAAGUCGAGCAGAAAUACAACAAGCUGAGAAAGCCUUUCUUCGAGAAGAGGAACGAGUUGAUCAGAAAGAUUCCUAACUUCUGGGUGACGGCCUUUGUGAACCAUCCGCAAAUAUCCGCAAUCUUGGACGAGGAAGAAGAAGAGUGUCUUCACUAUCUGACUAAGGUGGAGGUAGAAGAGUUUGAGGACAUCAAGUCUGGCUAUAGAAUAAAGUUCUACUUUGACGAGAAUCCGUUCUUUGACAAUGACAUACUCUGCAAGGAGUUCCACCUAGGACAGUCAGGCGACCCGGCUUCAAAAUCGACGGCCAUCAAGUGGAAGGACGGCAUGGACCUGACGAAGCGGCACCAGCAGCCGCCGCAGCAGCAAGCGAAGAACAGUCGCAAGCGCCCGCACCAGCCGCGAACCUUCUUCUCCUGGUUCACCGACCACGGCGACGCGUCGGCAGACGACAUCGCAGAGGUCAUAAAAGAUGACAUGUGGCCGAACCCCCUGCAGUACUUCCUCGUGUCAGAUAUCGAGGUGGACGAGAACGGACUAGGAGACGAGGACAGCAGUGAAGAGGAUGAGGAUGUGGAUGACUCGGUCGUUGUCGUCGAGGAGGAGGAGGGCGACGACGACGAAGACUUGGAAGGCGAGGAGAUCGAUGAGGACGUGGAGGAGGAGGAGAUCUAUGAGGGAGACGACGUGGAGGAGGAGGGAGAAGGCGAGGACGAGGAAAUCGAAGGCGAGGAGGUGGAGGCGGCUGAGGCUGAGGCAGAGGCAGAAGCAGAAGCAGAGGCCGGAGAGGAGCCGGAGGAACCGGAGGGAGGUCCGGAGGCAGCAGCAGGAGAUGCGAAGGAAGGCGACGAUGACUAGAGGCAGCAACAGCAGCAGCAUCAAACCCGAGCAGACCUUGUAAAUAAUGCGUGUUGGGGGACGAGAGCGGAUCUGCUGUACGCGCACGCAUGCGCUAGCUAGCAAUGGGGAUUAACAUAGCACACACACUGCCGAUCAGGAGACGCCGCCGUACACGUGGCAUGUACACAAACGACAUGUAAAUAUACACAUAGUAUACGUGUAUAUUAUUUAUACGUGCGCGUGCAUGUGUUUACUGGACGCGCACGUACAUACACACGCACACUACCAUGUGUUUGUGUACAUAUCAGUGAACUGCUUUGGACAGCCAAAUGACAAAAAAAA